GUUGGUGCCCCUGCGCCUGUCAUUACAAAUUUGGUUAAAAUGAUUUGCGCCAGUGAGUGAAAAGUUGUAAAUUGUGUUGCACGUAGUUGGACCUUGACGCUGUAAAAUUCAAAGUUAAAAUGAAAACGUAGAGUGGUUUGAAAUCAGUUCGGCCGUGUUUCAAGUCGUGUCAAGUCCGUACGAGCAUGGAAACGAAAAGCGAAGAAUCGGCCCAAAACAGGGUCCUUCUGGAGGAGACCUUCUACGUUUUGACGAAGAAGAAUUGCGUGUUUCGGGUCCGCUUGACGAAAGCCGGCCUUUGUCUAGUGAAAGAAAGCGAGAACAACAUCAAAGAGCAAGUGAUUCCAAUCCAAGACAUCAUAGGCUGCAGGUGUCUCAGGAGCAAGAAACAGUCGAAAAAUUGCGCCUGUCAGUCAAUUCCGCGCUCUGCCAACCUCAAAGUAGUCGAGGAAAAUUCGGGGGAUUUGGACGACACGGACGUGAGCGCCUACCUCUACAUUUACGCUUAUAUUUUAGUCAAUAACAAGGGCACGAGCAAAAAGAGGGAGCGCACAAUUAUCACGCUGAGAUUUCGGUCGUUUGACAAAUACGAAGACAACAACAAGGAAGCGCAGAGGUGGAGGACGAUGAUCAAGAGGCUGAUCAAGGGCGAGAACGUUAGCACGAGUCACAUUGCCGAUUUUUCCGUUUCAAAUAAGUACAAGGAAGACAGGAGGUUGUUGGUGUUGUGCAACCCCAAGAGCGGGCCUGGGAAGGGCAGGAUCAUUUUUCAACAAAAAGUCGUUCCUAUUCUACAGGAGGCGGAAAUUCCUUAUGAUUUACAUAUCACCAAAUAUGCUAAUUUUGCAAGAGAAUUUAUCAGGACAUGCAAUAUUUUCCAGUGGAGUGGAAUUAUUCUGGUCGGCGGUGACGGCAUCGUCUUCGAAGCAAUAAACGGUCUCUUCGAGCGCUGGGACUGGUCCGACGUCGUCAAAACCAUUCCAAUCGGUGUGAUUCCCGGCGGCUCCGGCAACGGCCUAGCCCGCAGCAUCGCCUACCACUGCUCGGAGCCCUACCUCCCUUCACCAACCCUACCCUCCGCCCUCGCCGCCGUUCGCAACAACUGCGCCCCCAUGGACCUCGUCCGCGUCGAAACAACCUCCCAAAUAAUGUUCUCGUUCUUAUCAGUGGGGUGGGGCUUCCUUUCCGACAUCGACAUCGAAAGCGAGCGCCUCCGCAUGCUAGGGGGGCAACGGUUCACCGUGUGGUCGGUCGCGAGACUCAUAGGGCUGCGCAGCUACGGGGGCAAAUUAUGGUAUUUACCGGCGAACGUGCCUUUGGUGCCCACCAGACUCGAAGUGAACACCGGAAGUGCAUUAGAUCUGCCUGCGGAGGUGCAUUUGGAGACUCAGACGGGGCGUCAGCGGUUGGAUUCGUGGUACAGUGCGGCGUCGCGACGCAGCGCCUAUUUUUCGGCGACGGGGAGCAGUUAUCAGUCGACGGCGGAUAGUGGCGGUGGGGGCGACCCCUUCGGGGGCGAUCCGGACAAGCCACGGAUGUAUGGCCCCGCCAGCAAGCUCCCUUGUCUCACGCAGCCCCUUGAUAAAGAGACAUGGAAGUGCAUAGAGGGGCGGUUUGUUAUGGUGCACGCCUCCUAUCAGACGCAUUUGGGGGAGGAUUGCCUUUUCGCCCCCGAUGCCAAGCUCAACGACGGCACGAUUUGGUUGCUGAUCGUGCAUGGGGGCACCACGAGGACGCAGCUGUUGCAUUUUCUGUUGGGGCUGAGCACGGGGGCACAUACGUCGAUGGUGGGCGAAGGGGGCCCGAUUGAGCUGAUAGCAGUGAAUGCGUUCCGGAUAGAGCCGGAUAUGAACGAACAGGGGUAUAUGACGGUUGAUGGGGAACAUGUUGAGUAUGGGCCGAUUCAAGCUGAGGUUUUUCCGAGUUUGGCGAGAGUUAUGGUUCCCUGAUCGGAACAUUCCUUAGGUACUAAUUGUAAAAAUAAAUCUAGGGUUGUGAUUUUAUCUACUUUAGAGCCACUCCUUAUAAGGCUCGAUGGCAUUUAAUGGUGGUCGUUUUGCCGGCUUUAAUCUUGCUGAUUUGUUUUUUAUUAUUAUGGAGAGAGAAUCACGAGCUCCAGGUAUUACAUAACAGCUGAUCAAACUGGCCUAGCUUUAAUACAUAGUAUUACGGCAGCUUGACUUUAAAAGCCAAGCUAUAUUAAUUGUUAUUAAUUUUUGUUCACGAGGCAGAAAUCUUAUUAUUCCAGUGAUACGAACACCAGUGUAAGGAAAAAACUUUCAUAGUUGAGACAAGCGUCUCAGGAGAUUUAUCUAUUGAUC